CCACAGACAGUAGACAAGCAGCACACCCAGCGCACCGCAGCGCACCGCGCGAGCCCAGCCGUCGGUAACGGAGAAGAUGGCAGAGCGGCAACAACAGAAACACGAAGGCAGGGUAAAGAUCGGCUAUUACAUCCUCGGCGACACGCUCGGAGUGGGGACGUUCGGGAAAGUAAAGAUUGGACAACAUCAACUAACAGGCCACAAAGUCGCUGUGAAGAUCCUAAACAGACAGAAGAUCCGCAGUCUCGAUGUUGUGGGGAAAAUCAAGCGAGAGAUCCAGAACCUCAAACUGUUCAGACACCCUCACAUAAUCAAGCUCUACCAAGUGAUAAGUACACCCACGGAUUUCUUCAUGGUCAUGGAGUAUGUGUCUGGAGGCGAGCUGUUUGACUACAUCUGCAAAAAUGGAAGGGUGGAGGACACAGAGGCUCGCCGUCUUUUUCAGCAGAUCAUCUCAGCUGUGGACUACUGUCACAGGCACAUGGUGGUCCACAGAGACCUCAAACCUGAGAACGUCUUGCUUGAUGCCAACAAGAACGCCAAGAUUGCUGAUUUUGGACUUUCAAACAUGAUGUCAGAUGGAGAAUUCUUACGAACGAGCUGUGGAUCACCCAACUACGCAGCUCCAGAGGUCAUCUCAGGAAGGCUGUAUGCAGGCCCAGAGGUUGACAUCUGGAGCUGUGGAGUGAUCCUGUAUGCCCUGCUGUGUGGCACUCUGCCCUUUGAUGAUGAGCAUGUUCCCACACUGUUCAAAAAGAUCAGAGGAGGUGUUUUCUACAUCCCAGAGUACCUGACUCGCUCCGUGGCCUCGCUGCUCAUGCUCAUGCUGCAGGUGGAUCCACUUAAGAGAGCCACCAUCAAAGACAUCAGGGAACAUGAGUGGUUUAAGCAGGACCUGCCAGGCUACCUGUUCCCAGAGGACCCAUCGUAUGAUGCCACCGUCCUCGACGAAGAGGCUAUCAGGGAAGUGUGUGAAAAGUUUGAAUGCACCGAGUCUGAAGUUAUGUCCAGUCUCUACAGCGGAGAUCCACAGGAUCAGUUAGCAGUAGCUUAUCACCUCAUCAUAGAUAACCGGCGCAUUAUGACCCAGGCCAGUGAAUUCUACCUGGCAUCCAGUCCUCCACAGGGCUCCUUCAUAGAAGAAGGCAUGCCGCUGCCCCCCGGCGUCAAACCCCACCCAGAGAGGAUGCCUCCGCUUUUGGCCGACAGCCCCAAAUCCCGUUGUCCUCUGGAUGCUCUGAACACAACCCGGCCCAAACCUCUUGCAGUGAAGAAGGCCAAAUGGCACCUGGGUAUCAGGAGCCAGAGCAGACCAUACGACAUCAUGGCUGAGGUGUACAGAGCCAUGAAACAGCUCAGCUUUGACUGGAAGGUGGUGAACCCGUAUCAUCUGCGUGUCCGACGGAAGAAUCCAGUAACAGGAAACCUGGUGAAAAUGAGCCUCCAGCUCUACCAAGUUGACAACAGAUCCUACCUCCUCGACUUUAAGAGCAUUGAUGAUGAUAUCAUCGAUGCCGUCGGCUUUAAAUCUGGGUCGUCCACUCCUCAGCGGUCAGGCUCCACCGCCGGUCUCCACAGACCCCGACUGAGCAUCGACUCUGCUAGCCUGGCUAUCGAUCUGCCCCAGCUCAGCUCCUCUCUCCCGGGCUCCCUGUCCGGCAGCUCCCCUCUGCUCACCCCGCGUCAGGGAUCGCACACCAUGGACUUCUUUGAAAUGUGUGCUAGUCUCAUCACCACGCUGGCUCGCUGACACCUGCUGGUUCUCAACCUUCCUUGUAACCUAGGUGGAAGUAGGUUCUUAUUUUGGUUCUAGCUGCAAAAUCUGGGAUGUAUUGAUGGACCCGUGGAAGCCAGAUAAUUGGAGAGGUCAGAAAUCAGAACGGCAUCAGAGUCAGCAUAGGUCAAGUUUACCUUCCCCCUCCAAAAAAUCUCUUUAGUCUUUUAUCAGCUGCAUCAACACGCAAUGACUGGACAUCCUGCUGAGUUAGCUUCAGACACUGUUCUGAGGUCAGUUCUGCUGCUUGUCGUCCUGGUUGCUGUGACAGCUGUGUCUGGAGGGACAUUACUACACAUAGAUUUCAGGUUUUAUAUUGGUUGUAUAGAAGCUUUCUGUUAUCCAUGUAUAUUUAUAUUACUUUAAUUAUAGAUUGAACAACUAAUUGUCAAAGAUAUACCAAAAACCGAAGAAUAUUAUUAUUUCAAUAUCAGAUUCAUAUUUAUUUUUAGAUGAUUUUGUUUAGACACUAGUUUUAUUCAAAAUAUCUCCACAGAGUUUUAAUCAAAUGUUUUAAUAGAUGAGAGUUUAACAGUAGGGUGGAACAGCAUUGAUGCUCUGCUUGAGACUGUCUGCUGGAUGCUCCCGGUGCAGAACAUGCACACUAUCUCGCUGCACCACACAACCAUCAUUUCAUCGUAUUUGUCUGUCAGGUGACACCGAUGUGCAACACACUCAAGAGGCUGUAAUAGAUCAGCUGCCGUUCAGCUUGUCAGUGGUGCUUGAGCAGAAUUUCAUUUUAAAAAACACGCAGGCCGCUGACAUCAGAAGGGGGGGCAGGGAUGUACGCCCUGAGCUGAAUAACGAUAGACGGCUCCGUGCUGCAGAGGGAAUGCUUAUGGGUUACAAAUGGUGUCACGUUAACCUGUCAAGCCAUGACAAAAACACUUAAGAAACUGGAGGGGGACUGAAAAUCUGAAAAUCAAUUAUUCAGAGAGGUAAUGCAAGAUAUAUAUACACAUGUAUAUAUGUGUGUGUUUGUGUCAUGUGAGAUGGUGUGUAACUGCUACAGGGGAGCAGGAAGCCACAGAAACCUUUACACAGAUGCCUUAAUGAAUGCAACACGAUAUUUUUGCACACAUGUAUAUGGUGAGAGUUAUUUGUGCCAGUAUGUGUACUGGAGGU